AUGAUGAGAAAUCACACAGAAAUAACAACUUUCAUCUUGCUGGGGCUGACAGAUGACCCACAACUACAAGUUCUGGUUUUUAUCUUUCUAUUUCUCACCUACAUUUUGAGUGUAACUGGGAAUCUCACUAUAAUUACUCUCGCACUGGUGGAUGUCCACCUUAAAACACCUAUGUAUUUUUUCCUGGGAAAUUUUUCCUUCUUGGAAACUUCAUUUACCUCUGUCUGUAUUCCUCGAUUCCUAUAUAGUUUAUCAGCUGGGGACAAUACCAUCACCUACAAUGCUUGCAUAUGUCAAAUGUUCUUUUUUAUUCUCUUUGGAGCAGUAGAAUUUUUUCUCCUGGCAGCCAUGUCCUACGAUCGCUAUGUGGCCAUCUGUAAACCGCUUCACUAUAUGAACAUCAUGAAUAACAGAGUGUGUACCUUAUUAAUCUUCUCUUGUUGGGGAAGUGUCUUGGUGAUAAUGGUCCCACCCUUUAGCUUGAUCCUCAGGCUUGAAUGCUGUGAUUCCAAUGCCAUUGAUCAUUUUAGCUGUGAUGCAAGUCCCUUCCUGAAAACCUCAUACUCAGACACAUGGGUAAUUGAACAAAUGAUUAUACUUGGAGCAGUAUUUGUUCUGCUUAUGACCCUAGUGUGUGUGAUUCUGUCCUACACACACAUCAUCAGGACAGUUCUGAGACUAUAGUCUGCACAGCAAAGGAAAAAGGCCUUUUCUACCUGCUCCUCACACAUGGUAGUGGCUUCCAUCGCCUAUGGCAGCUGCAUCUUCAUCUACCUCAAGCCGUCAGCAAAAGAAGAGGUGGCCAUCAACAAAGGAGUUUCACUUCUGGACACUUCCAUUGCACCCUUGUUAAAUCCCUUCAUUUACACUUUGCGGAACAAGCAAGUGAAACGAGCUUUCAAUGACAUUAUGAAAAGGAUUGCAUUUCUCUCAAAGAAAUCUUGA